AUGGCAGAGCUGACCCAGCUGAGCCAGCGUGCUGAGGCGUGCGGCAAGAAGAUCACGGACUUCAAGAAGGAGACCGCGGAGAGGAAGCUUAACGCACUCAUGGCCGAGGUGAUGGAGGCCUUGAAGACCGCUGAGGCCAAAGUCGAGGCCCACGGCGAGGUGGCCAAAGUCUUCUCCGACGAACUCAACCACGUCACAGAAGAGGCCAUCAAAGAGGCCAUGGAGAAGGUUGGUGCCGUGGAGAAGGAGGCCAUGGAAGCGGUAGCAGAGGCGCGGAAGCAGCUUGCAGGCAAGCAGCGUGACGUCAAGGGGCCAGCGGCCGCCGGCGCCAUGAGCAAACUCCAGGGUCGACUAAAGGCCGCGGCUGAUGAUCUUGCAAAGAACAAGAAGGCCUCGACCUUCGGCGACAAGCUGCUGAAGGGCAAGGAGGCCCUGGCGGAAGAGAUGGGAAACGUCGACAAGGCGGAGGCCGAGGUCGCCAAAGCCGAGAAGCUCGCCGAGCCGGUGGAGGCCGUGGAGAAGCCCACGGACGAGGAGUGCGCCGAGCUGGGCGAUGCCAUCGUCUUGGCACAAAACACCAUCAAAGCCACGACAGGGUCCAUCCAAGGGAACAUGUCCACGCCGGUGCCAUCCAUCAAGGCCGCCUUCUCCAAGGUUGCAGAGAGGAGCAAGAAGGUCCAGGAGAGGCUGGACAAAGUUCUCGCCGGUAAGAAGGGACUCCGCGAGCGCUCCCUGGGCGAGGCAUACGUGCGAGAAGGCAAGAAGAAGACAGAUGCUGUGGACAGCUUCGUGGAGAAGGUGAACGAUGCAGAGCUGCCGUUCUUGAAGGGCAUUGAGGUCCUACCCCUGACCGAGGCUACGUCCACCAUCGACGCAUCGCAGAAGGCAGCAACGGACCUACAAAGUGCCAUCUCGGAGGCGCGUAACUUCAUCGCCGCGAAGAAUGUGGAGAUGAAGAGCUUCUCUGACAAGGAGAAGACGAAGCCCUUGAUUGAGGAGCUCACCAAUCUCACCGGCCGUGUAAAUGCCGCGGCCACGAAGUUGGCCUCGUUCAGGAAGGACACGGACACGCGGAAGAAGAACGCUCUGCUGCAGGAGGCAGCCGAGAAGAUUGCCGCAGCGGAGAAGGAGGUGGAGUUGGUGACGGAGGCAGCUGCACCUCUUUCCGACGAGGCCGCAGAAGGGAUGACCGCGGAUGAAGCCGCCACGAUUUGUGAGAAGGCCGGCACCCAGGCCAAGACGGCCCAGGCAGCCGUCGAUGAGUCGAGGACGUUCUUGUCGGCUAGGUCACAGGAGAACAAGGGCAAUCUCGGCAACGCCGAGACGAUCAAAAGUCUACAGACCCGCCUCAACGCUGCCGGCACCGCGCUCUCGAAGGCCAAGAAGGUGGUCAACAACCAGGAGCACAAGUUCGUUGCCAAGAAGCUGCUCCAGGAGGUGAACGAGAUGGUCGAAAGCCUGGAGACAGAGGUGAAGGCUGCAGAGGAGGUUGCUUCGCCACUGCUCGAGAACGGCGGUGUCCAGUUCCUGGUGGCUGCCAGCCUCAAAACCUUGGCCGCCGCCCUCCGCAGCUACAUGAAGGAGAAGGGCCUCGAUGUGGCAGCACUCUUCGCGGAGGCCAGUGGAGGCAACCGCCCGAUGAGCAAGGAGGAAGUGCAAAGGAAAAACGAGCAACUCCGCGCUCAGCUGCGCAAGGCUCGUUGGCCCCAGUUGAAGCACUUCUCGUCGAAUGGGAGGCUGCCUUACCUAUCCGGCUUCUUCGACGGGGAUGGCUGCGUUCUAAUGCUGUUUCAUGAGUCAUUUGGGGGAAGCAUCAUGCUUCAACACCCCGGUUUGGGCCUGCGUAAGCCCACUCUUCGGUGGAGGGCAUGUGGUCAAUCGGCACGACGGGCAGCUCAGCUCUUGGCACCGCGCAGCAUCACCAAGCGGAAGCAACUCCUGCUCGCGGCCGAGUGGCCGGCUGCAAAAUCUCACAGAACGGAAUGCAGGGCCGAGCUGCGUGCGCUCAAGGAGUACGACUCGGCGGUCGCUGGCCCGUGCAGCUGGGAGUAUUUUGCUGGUUUCUUCGAUGCGGAAGGCAGUGUUGCCCAGCAGGAUGAAGCAGCCACUCUGGUGUUGCAGAUUGGGCAGAAGCAUCCACGAGUUCUGAAGUGCCUUCGCGAGUUUUUGGCCCGAAGGCUAGGCAAAGGUGGCACCGUGGCAAAGUCGGGAAUACUGCAACAACUCUUGGCUGCUGGACUGCUGCGCAAAUCGAAACAAGCGAACCUGGUUUUGGGCUUGACAUCGGAGACUGCGGCCCAAGUCAGCAAUGAGCUGGGGCACCUGAGUGGGAACCAAAAGUUCGGGCAUAGGCUGGACACUGCUGGCCACGACAGGGCGAGGAAGAUCAAGAAUGCACAAAGGCAAGCUGCUCGUCUUAUGCGACGAGGGCAGCUUGCUGAAGCCUUACCUAAGCUUGGGGAGGUUGAGGUGCUCAAGGAAGAGCACCAGCUGCUCAAAGCUUGUCGCGAGAACCAGCAGCUGCUUGAGUACAUGCACAGACUGCAGAGCUUGCACGACAAUUCGUUAGACAGGCGAGUUGCCCAGGGUAUGCGAACGGAUAUGGCAGUAGAGAUGGAUGCGCUCGUCUUCCUGCAGAUCAUGAAGCACUGCAGGCGGGCCGAAGAGCCCGGGGAGAUCCGCCCGUCGGUGUUUAUUUUCCUGACGCUUCCUGCGAUCUUCAUCUGCAUCACCGGGAUCUUUGCUUUGGGCCUGGGGCCGGCAGAGGGCUGGACGGUGCACGACGCCUUCGGUUUCAUGUGCGCCGGAGUGACGGGUGGAGCCAUCCAGAUCCAAGGGCACGCGCUCACGCCACAGUCGCACAUCAACAGGACUGUGGCCGCCCUCCUCGGCUGCUUCGGCGUGGUUCUCUUCGGCCUGGCAAUCGCGGUACUCAGCGCUCUGGUCCCCGACAGGCUGCUGGCCGCCACGGGACUGCUUCCGAAGGUUGUGACGCGCCGCUCGCCGCUGCGGCUGGGGGCGCUCGUCGUCGUCGUCGUUCUUCUUCAGCUCUGCGUCUCCCUCGUCUUCGGCGGUAUCCUCGCCCUACUCGAGGGAUGGGACUUCCUCCCGGCAUGGAGGGCGGCGAUCUCUGCACAGCUCGGGGGCGGCCUCCCUCUGACGAUUCCCAUCCCCUCGCAGACGCUGUCAGAGCUGGUGCUGGUGGUGGUUUCGUGCUGGGCGGUUGGCUUCGUCACCCUCAUCAUUUCUGCGGCCAGCUCACUUUGCACGAUGCUCUUCCAGAAGGUUUGCACAUUGGACUUGAGCGCAGACGGGAGGCCGAUCAUCGCUCUGGCCCUGUUUGCUUGCUUAGACCUUCUGGUGGUUCCUCUGGUACUCGUCGUGGCUAUGUGCUUGGUGAGCCUUGCGCUGUGUAUCACAGAAGGUGCCGACUUCGAGAGGAAUUUGUGGAUGGCGCUGCCAGCCGUGAGCGGCGGUGCUGCCGUGGUCCUGCCGUAUAGUGCUGAGUCCAUCGUCGAGCACCUCAUCGUGAUUUGUGCAAGCACUGUCGGCUUUCUCAUCCUCUGCGCAGGCAUGAACAUGCUCAGCGAACCCCUGGGCCCGUUGAUGAAGUACCUGGGCUUCGGCCCUCACACCGGUGCGACUGGCGGCACGCGUAGGGCGCUCCUACGUCUGACUGCCGCCGUGGUCUUCGUGACGCCGGCUUUCGUGAGCUUGAUGGCCCUCUGGGUCGGUGCAAUCCUUGCAGCUGUGGAGGGCUGGUCCAUGGCAGAGGGAUUUUGGUGGAGCGCAGCUGCUCAGCUCGGGGGCGGCAUGUCGCUGAGCAGCGCCAGCGUUCAGACCCGUUCGGGAAGGCUCCUAGGAACCAUGGCGGCCGCCUGGAGCAUCGGCCUGGCUGCGCUUUCCGUGGGCGUCGGGAGCUCCCCUGCUGUGGAACCGCUCAUUGAGAGGCUCAAGACGGUGGCCGGCUGCUGGCGACGCUGUCGCGGGCAACCCCGUGUGACCGCGACGUCAUCGGCAUGA